AUGAGUACCAAGCUAAAGGAAGCAGCAGUUGCAAAUGGGUUUGCCGCCACCAUAGAUUUCGUGCUCAGCCAGGCACCGAGGCCGGGGCCGAAGGUAAAGGCAAUAGAGAAGCAAGCGCCGAUAAUGGCCAUGGUAGAGCCUCGAGACGACUCAUCAGAUAUGUCGCUUGCCAUGGCAGUCGACAGCUGGAUAUUUCCCUCGGAGAGACCUCCAACAACCCGGCUCGCGACAAAGGUCCGAAAGUCAACGGCAGCGACCCAGAGCAGCACGGAAAGUAUGUUUCCACACAUAGAAGUCAGUAGAGCAGUACGUCGGCCGUAUCGAUCGGAUAAUCUUCCAAUGAGGGGGGAAGCAAUCGCUUGCAACAAACAGCGAGCCCAUGGCUCCUCCAAGGAGUACAAUGUCAUAUCGAGAAUCAAUUGGGCGUGA